GCAACCUUUGUUUACUUAAUCAGAUGUUGGGAAAAUUUAAAAAUAAGGACGUCAGUUCCUCCUUGCCUAUUUUAAAUUUGCAAAAUUAAUUGACUAUGUUUAGUCUCAAGGAGGUGGUGAGGGCCUUUGGAGGUGGUCGCCGGGGCCGCCUCACGAUUUGCAGACGAAAUUUGGCCGAUGAUGGACAUAAUCGGGAAAGUUUGUUUAACUGGCGUAAGCCCGUGGGCCACUCCGUUGGAAUCAGCAUAUACAACCCAGGGAUGCGCCGUAAAGUACCGCUGGUACUUCGAAAUCCCCGCAUGGCAACCUGGUAUACGUGCGGGCCAACCGUGUACGAUUCAACCCACCUGGGUCACGCGAGCACCUAUGUAAAAGUAGAUAUCCUGCAACGCAUUCUGCGAGACUACUUCAAAAUCAAUUUAGUGACCGCUAUGAACAUCACCGACGUGGACGAUAAGAUCAUAAUGCGAGCCAGUUUAGAUGGCCAAGACUGGCUUCAGAUGGCACGAGACUACGAAGCAGAGUUCCGGAGGGAUAUGCUACGCCUCAAUGUGAAGCCUCCCGAUGUACGCAGUCACGUGACAACCUCGAUGCCGGCCAUCAUUCAGUUCAUUCAGGAGCUGAUUGACGAUAACUAUGCCUACAUAACAAGCAGCAAUUCGGUUUACUUUGACGUGUCCAAGAGCAAGGAGUACGGAAAGCUGGCGAAAGUAACCAUUGAGGAGGAAACGUCUAGUAACGAAAAGCGAAACAGUGCGGAUUUUGCCCUGUGGAAGGCACGAAAAACCCAAAAGGAGUCAAGUUGGCAGGCGCCGUGGGGCGGCGAGGGACGACCUGGCUGGCACAUUGAGUGCAGUGCUAUUGCCGGCCUCUUUUUUGGACGAACCGUGGACUUUCAUGCGGGUGGGCUAGAUCUGAAGUUUCCCCAUCACGAAAACGAGGAAGCGCAGUGUUGCGCGCGGUUUAAAACGGAUCAAUGGGUGAACUACUGGCUGCAUACAGGCCAGCUGCACAUAGCCGGAGAUCAGCGCAAGAUGUCGAAGUCCCUGCAAAACACCAUAUCUGUGACAGAGCUUUUAAAGAAGUACACGGCCGACGAGUUCCGGAUGGCCUGUCUCCUGUGCAAUUAUCGGAACGCCAUGCAUUACAGUGACGACCUAAUGCAGACUGCCCGCCAAACACUGCAAAAGUUCAAAAAUUUUCAUGCGGAUCUCAGCGCCUACGUUCAGUUCCUCAAACCAGUCCAUUUGCUGGAUGAGGGUGCCCUGCGGGCUCAAUUGUCGCAUACCAUGACGGAGUUUGACGACUGUAUGCGUGACGACUUCAACACUUCCCGUGCCGUUAGCGUGAUGUUGGACCAGAUGAGCAGCAUUAGUCGAUGCAUCAAUGAUCAAAAGGUGGAUGCCCAAGAAGAGCCCGCAUACUGCAUGGAUCUUCUUAUGGCAGCCGGGAACUUUAUCAACAGAGCUAUGCUUACUUUUGGUGUAACGGAUCUGGCACCAAAAGAGACUCUGGAAGAACAAGUUCCAUCCACGACACAUAGGAUAGAUCCGUCUAUCUUGGUGGAUGAUGUGUUAUCUGUGCGUGGUCGAAUGCGACAGGAAGCAUUCUCCGGCGAAAAGAAAAACUCUCAGCUGCUGGCUGCUUGCGACGAGCUAAGGACACUCCUGCAACAGCACGGUAUACAGGUGCGGGACCAUAAACAGGGCAGUUCCUGGGUCUUUGCCGUCUCUUGUCCGACGGAUGAUGAGAAAAGCAAAUCUUCUGUUGAAUAAAAGUCAUGGUUUCUUAUCGUUUUUGUUACAUAAA